AUACCCCGGUACCCGGGCACCCCUCCAAACAAAACUUAACGACAUUUUGUCCUUGUGAAAACUAUUUUAGUUUCAGUUCAAGUUUUGUUUAUUAAAACUUGUUUGGUACGAUGUAAGUUUCCAUAUACUAAACUCGGCUGUUUUGCGUGAAUGAUUUUACUGGAUAUUGUAUUAUUAAUUUGUUAAAAAACUGGAUUUUACAAUGUCUGGACCAAGUGCCAGUAAUAUACCAAAUAUGGCAUCAAUUAAUGAUGUCAGUGCUUUAUUUCAAACAGCUAAAAAGUAUGAAGAAUUAAAUGUAAUCGGCACAGGUGCAUAUGGAACAGUAUACAAGGCACGUGAUCUUCACAACGGUGGUCAAAUAGUUGCUAUGAAGAAAGUUAAAGUUGCAUUAACCGAAGACGGAAUACCACUAUCAACGUUAAGAGAGAUUGCGCUAUUGAGACAAUUGGAGGCUUAUCGACAUCCUAAUAUUGUCAGGUUACUCGACGUCUGCCAUGGUGGUCAGUCGUUGGAACGUGAGAGUCAGCUGGUACUGUUCCUGGUUUUUGAACAUGUUGAGCAGGAUUUGGAGUCGUAUUUGAAGAAAGCACCUGGACCACUCGGGAAUAAUAGGAUUAGGAGCAUGUCUUAUGAUAUACUGUCAGGGACGGACUUCCUGCAUUCGCAUCGCAUCGUCCAUCGGGAUCUGAAGCCCCACAAUCUUCUGGUGACGUCAUCAGGUCGUGUCAAGCUCGCGGAUUUUGGUCUAGCUAAGACGUACGACACGGAUAUGAAGCUUACUAGCGUGGUGGUCACACUGUGGUAUAGGCCGCCGGAAGUGCUUUUAGGUAUUUCGUAUAAUACGGCUGUAGAUGUGUGGUCAUGCGCGUGUGUCCUCGCGCAAUUGCACACGCGGUCGCCUUUGUUACCUGGAACGUGUGAUUCGGAUCAAUUGCAUUGCAUUUUCAAAUUAAUAGGCCGGCCGCCUAAACACGAAUGGCCGGAUAAUGUGUCAAUAAUGGCUGAUAGUUUUCCCGACUACCCUCCCAUGGACUUAGCCAUUGUGUUACCUAGGAUACACUUGCAGGCUCUAGAUCUUAUUCAGAGAAUGCUUGUCUUCGACCCCGCGAAGCGGCUAACAGCACUGGACUGCUUGGAACAUCCCUACUUCACUGAUGAGCCACUCGCCUAAAAUCCAUCAAAAAGUAUUAAAAAUACCUCCGAAAUACGUACGGUU